GACAGAUCCGAAGCUGGCGCAAGAGCUGGGCAAGGAGUCGUGCCCCUGCGACGAGUCGAUGGCACGGGCCCUCACCCACCGACAGAUUUACGAGAAGGUCAUUGACGAACAGUUGACCUGUGCCACGAUCUUCGAGGAUACCGUGUCCUUCGCUCCGGAUUUCCGGAAACGGCUCUCGACUGUGAAAGAGAGUGUGCCAGCCUUUGAUGUUCUGCAGCUGGGCUACUGCGGCGACGCCCCGCCCAAAGAUGACCGGAAGAUUCCCAAAGUGAAGUAUGGACUUCCUGGAAACGCAAAGUGCUUUCACUCGUAUGUCGUGAGUUUGCCUGGGGCCCUGUUCCUGGCGAAGGCUAAUCGGCCUUUGAAAGCAGCUCCCGGUGACAUGAUUGAUUACCUGAAGGACCAUUUUCACGUGCGACCAUACGUGAGCCGGACGGACAAGAGCACGUGGAACAGGCAGAUAUCUCUGCCUGGAUCGUUCUGGAGUCUGGAUCCUGCAUUGACAUGGCAGUAA